AAAGAGGCCAGGAGGAAAGAGAAAGAGACAAGAUUGCCCAGAGGUGAAACUAUGUCCUUCACCUUUUCUUUCUUCUAACUACUCUGUCUUAUUCUGUCCAUCUGUCCAGGCUCUCGUCACCUGGCAAACCCACAGGAAGCUGUUGUAGAAGUCACCUCUGAAUCCCCUGUCAGUCUAAGGACUGCGGUCCUGUCUCUUGCUGAGCUCAUUGAGAGGCACUGGCUGUCUGAUCGCCACCUCCAGGUCAAAGUCAAGGAACAUUUUCAUAAUGGACACUUCAUCCAAAGAAAAUAUCCAGUUAUUCUGCAAAAAUUCAGUGCAGCCUGCUGGCCGAUCCUCCUUAAAAGCAGACUAUGCCUGCCCCGAGGAAAAACAAGCUUGCCGUGGUGAGCUAAAGGUGUUCCUUGGUGCGCUGUCUUUUGUUUAUUUUGCCAAAGCAUUGACGGAAGGCUAUCUGAAGAGCACCAUCACUCAGAUAGAGAGAAGGUUUGAUAUUCCUUCUUCACUGGUGGGAGUUAUUGAUGGUAGUUUUGAAAUUGGGAAUCUCUUAGUUAUAACAUUUGUUAGCUACUUUGGAGCAAAACUUCACAGGCCAAAAAUAAUCGGAGCGGGGUGUCUAAUCAUGGGAGUCGGGACACUGCUCAUUGCGAUGCCACAGUUCUUCAUGGGACAGUACAGAUAUGAGAGAUAUUCUUCUUCCUCCAACUCCACUCUCAGCAUCUCUCCAUGUCUCCCAGAGACAAAUGAUCCACGACCAAUCUCAGUCAUGGAAAAGCCACAAUCUAAAGUGAAUAACGAAUGUGAAACGGAUGCCGGUUCCUCCAUGUGGGUUUAUGUUUUCCUGGGAAAUCUUCUUCGGGGGAUAGGAGAAACCCCCAUCCAGCCUCUGGGCAUCACCUACCUGGAUGACUUUGCCCAUGAAGACAAUGCGGCCUUCUACAUCGGGUGUGUGCAGACGGUUGCAAUUAUAGGACCGAUUUUUGGCUUCCUACUAGGUUCCUUAUGUGCCAAACUGUAUGUGGAUAUUGGCUUUGUACACCUAGAUCAUAUAACCAUGACUUCCAAGGAUCCCCAGUGGGUAGGGGCCUGGUGGCUUGGUUAUCUAAUCGCAGGAAUGGUAAGUCUUCUGGCAGCUGUACCUUUCUGGUUUUUACCAAAGACUCUACCAAGAUGUUGUGGUCAAGAAAAUUGUCAUUCCUCCUCUGAGAAAUCCAAGUUCAUCACAGACUACCAAACACCCUGUGGAGAAAAAACAAAAAUAGUAGAAAUGGCAAGAGAUUUUCUUCCAUCACUGAAGAAUGUUUUUGGAAAUCCAGUGUACUUCCUAUACUUAUGUGCAAGCUCUGUUCAGUUUAAUUCUUUAUUUGGCAUGGUGACAUACAAACCAAAGUACAUUGAGCAGCAGUAUGGACAGUCAACCUCCAAGGCCAACUUUGUCAUUGGGCUUAUCAACAUACCGGCAGUGGCACUUGGAAUAUUCUCUGGGGGUAUAGUUAUGAAAAAGUUCAGGCUUGGCGUGUGUGGAGCUGCAAAACUCUACUUGGGAUCAUCUGUCUUUGGUUAUCUCCUGUUCCUUUCGCUGUUUGCACUGGGCUGUGAAAAUUCUGAUGUGGCCGGGCUAACUGUCACCUACCAAGGAAGCAAACUUGUCUCUUAUCAGCAAGAAGCACUAUUUUCAGAUUGCAAUUCGAGAUGCAAAUGUUCAGAGACAAAAUGGGAGCCCAUGUGUGGUGAAAAUGGAAUCACAUAUGCAUCGGCGUGCCUUGCUGGUUGUGAAAGCUUCACCGGGAAUGGAACAAAUAUCAUAUUUUAUAACUGCACCUGUGUGGGAAUGAAACCAUCUCAAUCAGGAAACUCUUCGGGCAUUGCGGGCAGAUGUCCAAAGGACAAUGGGUGUCCCCAAAGGUUUCUGUAUUUCCUUGUCGUUUCAGUCAUCACAUCGUACACGUUAUCUCUAGGUGGCAUACCUGGAUACAUAUUGCUUCUGAGGUGCAUUAAGCCACAACUCAAGUCUUUUGCCCUGGGCAUCUACACCCUAGCAGUAAGAGUCCUUGCAGGAAUUCCAGCCCCCAUCUAUUUUGGAGUUUUUAUUGACACCUCAUGCCUCAAAUGGGGUUUAAAACGCUGUGGAAGUAGAGGGUCCUGUAGAUUAUAUGAUUCAAACACUUUCAGACACAUAUAUCUGGGACUAACUGUGAUGCUGGGGACCAUGUCCAUCUUCUUAAGCAUUGCACUGCUUUUUAUUUUAAAGAAGAAAUGCAUCACAAAAUAUCAAAACCUUAUAACCACGAGAGAAAGAGCAGCCAUUGCCACAAGAAAUGGGAAGGAAAAUUGUACUACAAAUGACCAUUUGCUACAUCCUAACGACUGUCCACAGAGGGAAACACAACUUUAGAAAAAUGGUGACUUCAAACCAUGUUUUCUAAUCUCUGGAAAUCCUGCCAACAAAUAUUAAUCAGAUGGAUUCAUUCUCCUUUCAAAAACUCUCCAGGUUGUUUUCAACCCUAGGUAUAUACUAGAUAGAAAACCUGAUAACAGAUGAAGUUCAGCAUGCUACAGAAGAUACAUGCUACAGAAGAUGAAAAUGUUGAUAGCAAAUGUACAAAACCUUUAUAGUCCUUACUCGUGUUCUUUAUUUUUACCUUGAACCCAUUGAUAUGUUAUCUAUAUUACUAAUAAAGCAAAUUUCCUCGCUGCUUAGUGGGCAUGCUUAACAUAAUUUCUAAAUAGGGAUACUUGCCUAAGGUAAGAGAAUGCUGCUUGAAAACUAAGUGACAUCUUGACUUUAUGUAAGUAUCGCUGUGAUGAUGAUUAUGGAUAUACUCAGAACAUGGAAAGGAAGAUUGAAUUUUAAGUUUAUUUGUUUUGAAAUACAAUGUUUGCUCUAAGAAGUAUGUAGGGUCAAAUGACCUUGGAAGAUUAGAAUUGUGGAUUAUAGGCUUUCUACUGUUUAUUUGGUUGUGCUAUAUGUGCGACAUUAUGAGUGACUAUGAAUAUUGUUGUCCUCCUGUAAGUUCAAUUAAUAAAAAAUGUUAUCAAAUAUAA